ACGGGAGUCGUUCCUCCACCGGAGCGAUGGCCGAUGAAAGCGGAUCUUGGCGGCCGCCCCGAGCCUGCGCAGAUUACUGGUCUGAAUGGAAGCUGUGUCGGAGCAUCCGUAAUCUAUACCAUCAUUAUUACACUUACGGGGAGACGCCGUCGUGCGCGCAGUGGAAAAAGGAUUACAAGAACUGCAAAGAGUGGGAGAGAACAAAAAGCACGGCGACCAAGGAACAGUUGUGUGACAGCGAGCGACAACGGAUGGCCAAGAAACAGAAGUAUGCACCAGUGUGGAAAAUGAGAAACAGCCCUCCACCUGAUUGGAAUUCACCCAUUGGGGAAGAAGACUUCAAACGAUGAGGCCCCCCAACAUUCUAGUGGGACCUCUGUCUGAUGCCAUUUAAGAGACUCUUAAUUCUGAAUAGAGGGAUUUUUCCACCAUAAAACUGUGCUCCCACCUGGCCGUACCUGGGUUUAAGUGUGUCAAAUUUAUUUUUCUGUAAACAGCUGCUCUGAAUUCCUCUCCUAAGUCAGUGCACUGUUUCAAAGGACAUUCACAAAAAUGUCGUUGCAAAGGAUAUGUUUUGCUGUUCACAAGCUCUGUCUUUGUUGCAAAUUAGGUACAAAAAUACUCAUGCUGGGUGAUAAGGGAACAACCCAGGAAUUCUUUAUUUGUAUGCCACAUUCAGGUCCGGCUUAAAACAUUCUUUACAAACCACAGGGAUUGUGUUCCUACAACUUAAUAACCCCCCCCCCC